AUGGAGCGCGACAAACAAAGAAGAAUAAGAGAAGCUGCACGGCGAAAAAAACAGCUGGAGCAAGAACUCUUAGCAGCACUCACCAAAAAUGUAAACGAGGAACAACAAAAAGCCCAGCAAGCACAACGACAACGGAAAGACGGGAAGUCUCAGAGGAAUUACGUGCGGUCUACGCAAAUCAAGGCAAAAAGGCGUGCUGUCGAAGAAUUACAAGCAAAAAAUCAACAGCUUCUUGCCGAGGCCCGCCGUGCCGAGGCCGAGGAGAAGAAGGCACGCGUUGAGAAGGUCAAGGAGGAGACCGAGGAGGGCCGGAGGAAGCNCCGGAGGAAGCUGGAGCAGGAGAGAGAGAGGAAGGCGAAGGAGGCCGAGGAGACGAAGCGGCUGCUGGAAGAGGAGCGCCAGGCUGCUCAGAAGAAGCGUGAGGAGGAGGAGCGCCGCCUAGCGGAACUGACGAAGCAGCGGCGGGAGGGGUCGAAGGCCCGCAGGGAGGAUCUGCAGAAGCAGCAGCAGGAGGACCGCCGGAAGACCAAGGAGCAGCUGCAGGCCGAGACGGAGGAGCUGCUUGCCGAGGCCCGCCGUGCCGAGGCCGAGGAGAAGAAGGCACGCGUUGAGAAGGUCAAGGAGGAGACCGAGGAGGGCCGGAGGAAGCUGGAGCAGGAGAGGGAGAGGAAGGCGAAGGAGGCCGAGGAGACGAAGCGGCUGCUGGAAGAGGAGCGCCAGGCUGCUCAGAAGAAGCGUGAGGAGGAGGAGCGCCGCCUAGCGGAACUGGCGAAGGAACGCCGCGAAAUGUCUAGGUCCCGUCGUGAACAAAUGCGUAUUAGGAGUUUGGAGGCAAGGAAGAGGGCUACCGAUGAUUUUAAUGCUUGGAUCGAGGAUGCUGUGCAGACUGAGGCAAAAAGGGCUCUGAUUCGGAGACAAAGGUUGGAGGAAGAAGAGUUGAGAAAACGUCAAGUUUAUUCUUUGGCUCGUAAGUCAAGGUCUGCUGAAAUACGUCGCCAAAAGCGUGGGCGGGACGCCCUUUCUGUGGGUUGCGACAGUAUUAGGGGUGCUAGUGUGGAGUGUUAG